AUGAUGAUGACGUGCCGUCUGCUGUGCGCCCUGUUGGUGCUUGCCCUGUGCUGCUGCCCGUCCGUGUGCGUGGCAGACACUCAGUCUCAAGCUGCCGCCACUUCUUCCCAGACGACCACGGCGACCACACCCCCGGCAUCAGUCCCCAAGGAGAAGUCCACACUCAAAAAUAAUGUAGGUGUCGUUCCACUGCCUUCACCACCAGAUCCAUCACAAGGGACCGCCGGUUCGACAGGGUCGUCAAGUUUGGGGUCAGUUGCAACGCCGGGAAAUGGUGGCGAAGAGGGAACAGGAUCUACCAGUACGGCAGGUCUGGGACCAAAAGUAAAUACCGAGCCAAAUAAAUCAUUGACAGAGGGUACGAAAGAGCAACAAAGUCGCACUGAACCAUCCGCAGAACAAACAAAUAAGGAGUCUGAAACUUCUGCUCAGACAACCACGACGACCACCACCACACAGGCACCAACCACGACGACCACCACUGCGCCAGAGGCACCAAGUACUACGACUACAGAGGCGCCAGCUGUGUCGACCACCCGCGCACCGUCACGUCUUCGCGAAAUCGACGGCAGCCUCAGCAGCUCUGCGUGGGUGUGUGCCCCGCUGGUGCUUGCCGUAUCCGCGCUGGCGUACACCACUGUGGGCUGA